AUGGAGAAAAUAUAUGGGAUCAAGCCUGAUGUGACCACAUUAGAUGAAGAUUUAAAAUUGUUAAGAGCUUCAAAAUUCUCAAAGGAUGCAAUUGAAGAAAUUAAAAACUGGAUCUUUGACAGUGUAUUGAGAAUUAAAGACCGACCAACUAACAGUCCAUUAUUAGAUCUUUUGAAAGAUGGUACUAUACUUUGUCAAUUGGCGAACACCUUAAUCUUUGAAAAUGACCAAGACCAAAGAAACUUCAUUACAUGGAAACACUCAAAUUUACCUUUUGUGCAAAUGGAACAAAUAUCGCAAUUUCUAGAUUUUGUUAGACAGUAUGGUGUUCCAGAGGAUGAGUUGUUUCAAACAAUAGAUCUAUAUGAAUCAAAGGAUCCAACUGCUGUUUAUCAAACGUUGAAAUCCUUAUCAAGAUAUGCCAAUAAAAAACAUCCAAACAGAUUUCCUGUUCUUGGUCCCCAAUUAGCAGAGAAAAGAGUGCCCCCUCCAAUUAAACGUAAGCCUGAUCAUCUAAAGAGUACUAACAAUAAUAGUGGUAAUAGUAAUGGUACAGGAUGGUCCACCUAUGAAUACGGAUAUAUGGGUGGGGCGUCACAAGGUUCUGAACAUAUUGUCUUUGGUCAAAGAAGAAAUAUAUUAUAA